AUGCGUCCCGACGCUAUCUCCGUUCUCACAGCCUUGCUCGCUGUAGGUGGUCUCGAGCUCGUCACAGCUCAAGAUGCCCCCGAAGCGCACGUUCAGCGACCCCGUUGGUACUUCCCGCAGGAAGUCAAGCGAACGAUUCGCAGAAGCGCUGAGCCCGAACCUGGCUCGAUCCUCGAUGGUAUAUUCGACAACUUGAUUCCUACCCAGGUUUCUUCAUCCACGGCUACUCCCACCCCCGAAACCUCGGCUCCCGCUCAACCCCAGAAGGGACAGGAAGUCGUUGUUGUGACCAUCUCGAUCGACCCCAAGAACCCUGAGAUCACCCAUCGUAUUACUGGUACUACAACUAUUGGCGGUGAACCGACUGGUACUACUACCACGACUACGCAGAAGACAGAGGCUCCGAGCACCGAGAACACCAGUACGAAGAACUCCGAGGCCGCAUCUACCGAUGCGGGAACCACGAGCAAGCAGGGAUCGGUGGUCGACUCAUCGGCCAAGGCUUCGACUCCGUCUCCUUCGACUACAACCUCUAGCGAUGGUCUGCUUGGUGAUUUGACGUCGAAUUUGGGUAACGUCCUCGGAGGUGACUCCACAUCCUCCACUGCGACCCCCGCCUCCGACUCAUCGGCUAAGGUAACUUCGCCUGCUUCUUCUACUCCUGCUACAUCCUCCAGCGACGGUCUCGUUGGUGAUUUGACCUCGGGUUUGGGCAACGUCCUCGGAAGUGAGUCCACAUCCUCGACUGCGACCACAUCCUCCACUGCGACGACCCCCGCCUCCGAUUCAUUGGCUAAGGUAACUUCGCCUGCUUCUUCUACUCCUGCUACAUCCUCCAGCGACGGUCUCCUUGGUGACCUGACCUCAGGAUUGGGUGGCAUUUUGGGCGAAUCAACAACCACCAGCUCCGUCUCGGCGACACCCACUGGCUCCUCUAUCGCCAACACGAUCAGCAGCGCAGCCUCAAGCACAGGCUCGGGGUCGGAUCUUUCUGACCUUUUGGGCCUGGGUGACAAAUCUUCUACCGGCAACAGCACAAGUGCUACUAUGUCCUCGGACGCUUCUAGUUCACCUACCAUCCCAGUCAGCGUGCCCGCUUCCGCUACUAGCCCACCGUCGACCAUCCCCACCCCCUCUGGAACUACAACUUCUGGUGAUUUCGUCGGUGGUCUCGUGUCAGGCGUGGAUUCCCUGCUUGGUGUCACCUCUACUGGUACUGGUAGCACCGCUUUGAUUCCGACUGCGUCUAUGCCAAAUGGUGGUCUUCUGCCGUCCAAGUCGACUGGUCUCAUUCCUGGUACCAACACUGGUGCCAUCCCCACCCCGACUAAGACCCUAUCAGUUCCCGUCCCGCAUUCGCCCGGCUCUGAUGCUACCUCUACUUCUGGAUCUGAAACUGUCUCUGGUUCUAGCACUGCCUCAGCUCCUUUGAUAGGCACUACCACUACCGCCUCUGUUCCCGGUAGUGGCUCUCACGAGAGCUCCAAGGUUCCCGUCCCCACCUCUCACCCAGUUUCCACCCCUCUUCCCUCGUCGACUUCGACGAGCGAAGAAGUGAGUACGGCUAAGACCACUGUGGAGCCUCAGACCCCGACUGAGACGCCUACGCCCUCCACCUCCAACGACAACGACUGGAUGCCAUCGACCAUCCUUAUCGUGCCAACCGUCACCGCCACCGAGAGCUCGACCUCCGGUCAGACCUCGAAGCCCACGGCACCACCAUCGCUCCCUGGCUCUAUCACCCCAUCGAACGAGGUCACCGAGCCUCCGUCCGACUCCAUCUUGCUCCAGCUUGGUUUCAACAGCCAGCUGCCCUGGUCAUUUGUUGCAACCACUCCCUUGUCGUCGUCGCAAAUCUUCAACUACACCCCUCAGGCCAUUGAGAACGCUUUGCCAACCCUCUCUGCUAAGGACAGCCCAGUUAUGUUUGCUAUUGAGCCUUACUACAACUGGCAGUCUACGGGCUAUAACGCCACCCUUGCUAUCUUCUAUUUCCCUCGUGACAAGGUCGAUGCUCUGAAAGCGCUUAAGAUUAAUCCCAACUCUGCUCUUUACAACCAGGCUAGCGAAUCUAUCCAGUCAUUGAUGGCAAUGGUUGACCCCACGAUUCCCCUCGAGUUCUCUGGAAACUACCCUAGUGGUGACAGCGACUCGACUGGCGGCAACAACCACGGCGGCAGCAAUGAUGGCCCGGACAGUGGCAACAACGACAACAACGAUGGCUCUGCCGGCAGCUCCAAGGCUAAGGCUAGCUCAGUUGGAAUCGGAGUCGGUGUCGUGGCCGGUGCUGCCGCUUACGGUGCGGGUAUGUUCUGGGUUGCCCGCCGCUACCGCAAGAGAAAGCAGCUGCACCAGCGCUCUAGCUCGACCGUUGAGCAGAUGAGCCAGGGAGGUUCCGCCGCUGGUUCGAUGUUCGCUGCCGGUGGCCGUGCCCCCAGCCAUGGUAGCCGUGGAACUGCUCGUUCGCAGAUGAUCAGCGCUCCUGUUAUGGCGGAGAACUCUUUGGGAUGGAACUAG